AACAACUCAAGUCAGGAGUAAUAGCGUCGUCUUAUGUUUAUAUGUUUGGACUGAAAUUUAUUUUAAUUAGUUAAAGUCGCUAUAAACGCAAGCUCAGUUUGUCUGCAUCUUAAAACGUUGAGGAUUAUGGCCUCGUCUAAUGAGUUUGGACGUUUCUGGAUCGUCUCUGCGUAUAUCCUUUCCUUUUGUGCACAGUAUGCUUUUCCCCGACAGAUCCUGUACUCCGUAUCUGAAGAGGCGAGUCCGGGGACGUUUGUCGGAAAUUUAGCCAGGGAUUUAAACCUAAAAGUGGAUGAGCUCGAACGUCGCAUGCUGCGAAUCGUUUCGGGAUCUACAAAGAAACAUUUUGAUGUGGAUAUAAAAACUGGUGCUCUGUACGUCCUGGAGACUAUAGACAGAGAGGAGCUGUGUCCGAAUAACAACGCGUGCACGGAAAGCUUGGAAGCCAUACUAAACAAUCCCUUAAAUGUUUACAGCAUUGAGGUAAAGAUUUUAGACAUUAACGACAACAAACCUGAUUUUUCUGUAAAAUCGCAAAAUAUUCGGAUAUCUGAGCACACACUUCCAGGGGCUAAAUUUGCUCUUCUUGGAGCGGAAGAUCCAGAUGUAGGAAUCAAUUCUGUAUCCACAUAUAAGCUCUCAGCCAACCCGUUUUUUAAUUUAGAGGUAAACGAGGCAGACAGUGCACCAUUUCCGGAGAUAGUGCUGCAAAAAGCGUUAGACAGAGAAAAACAGGCCGAGGUCCAGCUCGUCCUGACUGCACUGGACGGCGGAAAGCCACAGAGAUCUGGAACAACAAACAUUAUCAUCACUAUUUUAGACGCAAACGAUAACGCGCCGUUUUUUAUAAAGCAAUUAUUUAAAGCUCAGGUUUUAGAAAACGCAGCAGUGGGUAAAGUUAUAAUAAAGCUUAACGCUACAGAUCCUGACGAAGGCGUCAAUGGAGAAAUUAUUUACACCUUUAAACAAGGUCAAAAAGGGAUUGCGGACAAAUUCUCUCUCAACAGCAAAACUGGAGAGAUAGCAGUGGCAGGGAUUUUGGAUUAUGAAGAAGCAAACGCGUAUGAGAUUCUCGUGGAGGCCCGGGAUAGAGGACAAAGUCCACUGGCGUCACACUGUAAAGUGUUAGUGGAGGUAUUGGAUCUCAAUGACCACGCACCGGAUAUUAAACUAUCUUCUCUUUUGGACAACGUGAGAGAAGACGCCAAGAAAGGCACAGUGAUUGCUUUUAUCACCGUGCAGGACAAGGAUGGGGGUAAAAAUGGAAAAGUGCGCUGUUUCGUAUCUCAGAAUUCUCCAUUUGUAUUAGAGUCCACACAGGGGAAAUAUUAUUCCCUGGUCCUGAAUGGCGCGCUUGAUAGAGAAGAAAACGCCCUGUAUAACGUCUCAAUAACAGCCACAGAUGAAGGAGUCCCUCCUCUCUCUAGCACCGCUGUCCUAACUGUCCAUAUUUCGGAUGUGAAUGAUAACGCACCUCGUUUCCCUGAAUCUUCUGUGAGUGUUUAUGUUAAAGAGAACAGUCCAGCAGGUGCUCUAAUAGCAAGCGUCUCUGCACAAGAUAUGGACUUUGGCGAAAAUGCUCAAAUAACGUAUUCAUUACUUAGCAACUCUAACAUGCCUUUGAUGCCUGUCAGCAUUAACUCUGCCAGUGGAGAAAUUUACAGCAUGCAGUCUUUCAGUUUUGAGGAGAUAAAAAUGUUCCAGUUUCUUGUUCAAGCCACUGACUCUGGUGUUCCUCCACUAAGUAGUAACGUGUCUGUAAAUGUUUUUAUCCUGGAUGAGAAUGACAACAGUCCAGUUUUUCUCCCUCCUUAUUCUGAACCCGGAUCAGUAAACGCUGAGAACAUUCCCUACUCUGCAGAAGCGGGGUAUUUUGUGGCUAAAGUCAGAGCUGUAGAUGCUGAUUCAGGUUAUAAUGCUCUAUUAUCAUAUUAUAUAACUGAAUCAAAAGGAACGAAUCUCUUCCGAAUCGGAACCAGUACAGGAGAAAUAAGGACUAAAAGACGAAUGAGUGACAACGACUUAAAAACUCACCCGCUUAUCAUUACUGUCUCGGAUAACGGAGAACCUUCACUGUCCACAACUAUGAGCAUUGAAGUUGUGGUUGUGGAAAAUAUGGACAGCCUGCAGCCUUCACUAAGACAAGUACCAGUAAAGGAGGAGAAUUUUUCUAAUCUGAAUCUCUAUCUGCUCAUCGCUAUUGUCUCAGUGUCCGUGAUAUUUUUACUGAGCCUCAUCGCUUUAAUAGCAGCGAAAUGCUACGGGACAGACGGCGGUUUUAGCAGGUCCAGCGCUCCAGUGGUCACUACACACCCUGACGGGAGCUGGUCUUACUCGAAAUCCACUCAGCAGUAUGAUGUGUGUUUUAGUUCAGACACACUGAAGAGUGACGUAGUGGUUUUCCCCUCGCCGUUUCCGCCUGCAGACGCAGAGCUGAUCAGCAUUAAUGAAGGAGACACUUUUAACAGGACACAAACUCUUCCAAGUACUACAAAGGUAAGGGCUUUUAUAGAUAUUCAUAUUUGCCUUUACAUGGUACAUUUUUGUAAACUGUGUUAA